AUGGCAAUGGCAGAAUUGAAGAACGACUUCUCUUUCACGUUCAGAUGCGAGCCACCCUGGCAAGACUCCCCCGAUUCGGGAAGCUCAGACACGCUUUGCUUUGAAUGCAAAAAGCUUGACCUUGGGCAAAGCUUCAACGCAGCCCAUGAAUUAUAUGAGGACGCUCGGCGCGGUGAUAAUAAGCGGUCACUUGAGGCAUUUCGGAAGAGAGAUAGUGACCCCGUCUACCUGAAAGACUUCCACUUCGUCACCUCACUAGGCAAUCGGUUAUCUCGGACCACUCUGUGCAAGCUAUGCAACUUCUUCGCUCGUAUGACACCCGAACCUCGAAAAGGCACAUAUAAGGUUAUGGCAUUCUGUAGUAGCGAGAGCUACCUUUUCGAACCACGUAGGAAAGAUAUUCGUGGCCAGCUCACGCGUCGACCAUGGGAAGCAACACGUUUCGAGACCGUUGCGGAGCGUGUGCGCGCCAUGUCUCUCGACCACAAUGUAUUCAUGGCGCUUGUCCCCGAGAUAUCGACCAUACCGAAAACUGCAGUGCCUGUACGAUGGUUCGAGACUGGUCUUCCAAAAAGCGGCGCCUUUUACCGUUUAACGGCUCCGGAAGCCAACGUCCAGAGGCUGAUAGUACCCCGGGAACUUCCGUCACGUGUCAGUUUUGGUCUUUUACGAGCUUGGCUUGGUCGUUGCCGUUGUCAUCAUGUUGGUUGUGCGCGCCGAAUGCAUGGAGACACCACACUGCCAGGGUUCAAGGUCAUUGAUUGUCAAAGUCUCAAUUUCCCCCCAGAUAUCGUUGAGCGACCAUGGUCACAACGAUACGUUGCACUAAGCUAUGUGUGGGGACCUCCAUCGGGUGACUGGCCCAAGACCAUAAUGGAUGCUAUCGAGGUAACAAGGCGGAUGGGCGAAAGGUUCCUAUGGGUGGAUAGGACUUGUAUUGAUCAGUCUAAUUCAAAGGAAAAGUUGAAACUGAUUAACAAAAUGGACGCCAUAUAUGCCGGCGCCGAGUUCACAAUCGUCUGCGCGACCGGCGACGCAAGGUCAGGGCUAUCGGGUGUGGGGGCGACAGCGCGCAAGUCUCAGCCUUUCGUUCAACUCAGCCAAUCAAGCAACAAGUCCAAAGGCAAGAAUCCUGCGAAAUUUGCGUCCGGUUCCAUUGCGGAGCGCAUAGGCGUCUCUGGGGAGGACUAUGCCAUUGAUGCUGUUGGUGAGACACAUUGGCUGGAUGACAGUCGAUUUGGCCUUGUUGGCAAGAUGGAUUUCGACUUUGAAGUAUUGCUGGAGGAUCAAAAGUUGAGAGACAAAUACGACAUACCAAAGAGCCAUCUUGAGUUCUUCCGACAAAUGGCAGAAGACGAUGGCCAUGAAAAUCUUGAGAAGUAUCUGGAGUUGCAGGCUGAGCUAGCACGUCGUAUAGGCAUACCCUUGAAAGAGUUGGUUCCGUACUUCAAACGUGAAUGUGCGGCAUCAGAGGGUUGGGAUCUAGAUCCUGCCGAGAUUUCUGAUAUGCCCAUCGAACAGAAGCCUCUAACGCCCUCAUCGAAACCACGGAGAUCACUGCCCCCAAACAAGACGCACGGUACACUCACUCUGGUCUCCACGAUGCAGGAGCCAAGAUUGGCAAUCAAGCAAUCAACAUGGGCCACGCGUGGCUGGACGUAUCAGGAAGGGGUUCUUUCGAAUCGCCGUUUGGUAUUUACGGAAGAACAAGUAUAUUGGGAGUGUCGGGGAAUGGUUGUGUGCGAGAGCGUGGAUCUUGCACUUGGCCAUGUUCAUGAGCCUUCCGGCGCUCGCAUGGCUGACUUCAUGCUGUCCGGCAUCUUCGAUGACGACCUGCACGAUGAAUCAGAACUACAAUACGGCUUUCAACAACCAAAGCUUGAUAAUGUCGACGAUCAAGUCGUCACACUAGACGGACACAUCCAAGCAUUCACUUGCCGAAAUCUUACAGACCCAGGUGAUACUCUCCGCGCGUUCACGGGAGUUGCUAACACGUACAUCACGGACGAUGGCCUGUGUUUACUCCUUGGUCUGCCGAUUUGGGCAGGCGCAUGUGCCAACGACAAACCUGGACUUCAACAUACCUUCGCGCUGUCCCUUUCAAGCUGGACUCAUAUUGAUACAUCGCGUAGUCAUGAACCCGGAAUAGUCAUCGGAGAUUGUACAAGGCGGCCUCAAUUUCCAUCUUGGAGUUGGGCAGGAUGGCAAGGCACGGUCGAAUUCUGCAACGAGAAGCAGACAAAGACGUCACAUGCAAACUCGGCCAAUAAGAAUAUGGGUUUCAUGGUUAAGCAGCCAGGUCCUGGAGUGAACUUUACAGGCCAAGGAGGCUGCGGCUUCGAGACAGCAGCCACUGAUCCAAAUCACAGCGACUUCUUCAAGGCGCUCACUAGCAAGACGUGGGUCAGCUCAAUGGAUUAUGCUUGGUCGGCAGAAAUGAUUCUACAUGAACCAGACGGAAGCAGUGCUACAACGCUCGCAGGCUGGACAUCAGUGCACACAAUUGGUGACCCAGAAAAACCAUGGCAACUUACCAUCAGGAAGCCUCUUGUGUUGCGACACAUGAAUCUGAAGCACCCUAAGUACCCCGGAGAAUGGCGUAGAUUGGAUGAUAAGGUUGUCAGUGUGCACUUAUCUGUUCCCAUCAUCGAGAGGCAGUUAGUGAACGAUUACAGGAGUGGACAUCUCAGGAUCGUUCUGGUGUUGACAAGUAUGAUUCCUUUUGUGUACGAUGGUAUUGCUCGUUUUCUUGUUCUACGUCGAGCUGAUGAGGAGGGGCGUUGGGAGAGAAUCGGACGUAUGAAUAUGUGGAUUACGGAGGCAGAGAUGAUGAAGCUUCGGACGCCUGAGGCGUUGAUUUCUGCGUUGCCGGUCAGGACGCUUGGAGAGGAUAUCAUCUUGGUUUAG